ACGGCCCUGUGAUAACGAUCAGUAGUUAAGCGCGCUUGUGUGUGUGUGGUGUGUCGGAAGGCACAGUCGGCCGUCGUGCGCGCUCGGAACUCAUUUAUUAUUAUCAUCGCCGUCGUUUAUCAUAAUAAUAAUAAAAUAUAUUGUUAUAACAUUUUACACCGUUUUUAUAUGCAAGUACACAACAACUACCAGUGACGUACUGAUGUCCGGACUAUCCAGUUAGUUCAGUUUCCAGUACGCAGCGAAACGACAACUUAACGUCCUCCCCGGACCCGCGGCUAGCCACUACUACAGGAUCACAUAUCGCCGCCAAUCAAUUUUCCCCAGUAAGAAAAACGUCCGCCCGUCCGGAGCCCAACAUAACUACGAGAUUUGACUGCUGAAACGGACCGAAUAAAAACGAGUGCAGCAGCAGAACACCUGCCGUCGCAGAGUUUUCCUUUUGUCCACAACAUCGUUUGACGCAGUGCCCCCCCCCCCCCCAACUACCCUACUACAGCCGUUCCAUUGCUAAACAUCCCCCCCCGCUCAGGGAUAUCGUUUUCAAUCAACAGCACUGUUUGUAGAAUGAAUAUCAGUUAUCUAUGGCCAAGAUGAGGUAUGCAGAUAUGCCCAGAGAUGUUUCUAUUGACAAUUUCCCUUCGCUCAACGUGUCUGAGAAAGUAAAGUCAAAGGCAUACGAUGAUGAUGAUAAAUUAGAACAUUUAGUUUCCAACACAGAGUAUAGAAAAUUAACCACUUACAACUCUUUGAAAAAACAUCCAUCAAAUCUAUCAACUCCGUCGUGUGAACAAAGGCAUAGAAGACGUCUUUCAGAAACAUUAACAUGUGGCUUAGCAAGGCAAUGUAAAACUCACAGUCUUCCUUGUAAUAUGACAUUAAAACAUCCUUAUAGUGUUUCACCAGUCGAUGAAAAAGAUGUUGAUAAGACUAAGGGUGUUUUGUCUCCUGGUAUUCUUCCGGAAGAUUGGGCUGCCCAACUCACAUUAUUAGAUUUAAAUAUAUUUAGUCAAAUAUCCCCAGAAGAGUUGUCUUCGUGUUCUUGGAACAAGAAGCAAAAAUUAGAAGUUGCACCAAAUGUAGUAGCAUUUACUAGGCAAUUCAAUCAUGUAUCAUUUUGGGUUGUUCAAGAAAUAUUGAAAGGCACCACUCCAAAACUGCGUGCUGAUCUGAUCACUCAGUUUAUAAAGAUCUCCAAAAAAUUGUAUGACCUUAAUAAUUUCCAUUCAUUGUUUGCUGUUAUUUCCUCCCUUCAAAGUGCUUCAGUUUAUAGACUAUCUAAAUCAUGGAACAAUGUGUCGAAGAAAGAUCGGCAAUCAUUCGAUAAACUAGCCAAUGUUUUCUCAGAAUGUAAUAACUGGAGAAAUCUUCGGGAUCACCUAGAAACUUUACGUUUGCCAUGCAUACCUUAUUUAGGUGUAUUUUUGACUGAUUUGGUGUAUGUUGAUAUGGCACAUCCUCAUAAAAGUAGCGGCAUAUUAGAAUCUGAAGCAAGGCGUCUGAAAAUGAAUAAUAUUCUAAGAGUAAUAUCACAUAUGCAGCAGAGCCGUUAUGAUCAUCUAAUACGGUUUUCUAGGAUAAAUGAUUAUUUGAACUCUAUUAGAUAUAUUGAAGAACUGCAUAAGUUUGUUCAAGACGACCAAUAUAAAUUAUCAUUAAAGUUAGAACCUUUAUCCUGCCAAACAGAAAACUCUAGAGGCUCCAAAGAAUCCGUCAAUCAAGUGUUGUUAGAUUCAUUAAGUUUAUCACCUGCAAAAUCAACCGAUUUAAUGCGAAUAAGAAAAUUUUCUUUAUGCAAGCAACAACAACAGAAAACAAAUUGUUCAAAAUAUCGCAGUGCAAGUCUACCACGUAGUUUUCUUAAAAAACCUGUGAAUCAAUCUGCAGUGUGUAAUAAUAAUAGUUUGAUCCAUAAAUCUGAUGAAGGAAUAUUGUCAACUGUGAACUCGAGAAAUUUACUAGAUGACUCGCUCAUAGAAGAGAAUACAUUAGAUCUGUCUAAUUUAAAUCUAUCACCCUCUCAAACAUUGAAAGGAGCCCAUAAAAUAAGUUUAGAAAGUUGUUUAAGGCGUAAAGUGGUUUUGAAAAAUGGACGAAAACCAGCUGUGACAACUUGGCAACGUUAUUGGAUACAACUAUGGGCAUCGGUAUUAAUUUAUUACUCACCCAAGUCAUUUAAAGGUUGUAACAGAAAUGACUUUAAACGAGAGCCUUGCAAACUUUGUCCGUUAAAAGGAUGUACUAUUAGUCUUGGUGAUAAUCCAGAUACAUUUUUAAUCAAGCAUCCUGAUCAAAGAAAUACAUAUAAGUUUCGAGCUGAGAGUGACAAUACAGCGUUACAAUGGUACAGACGAUUGUACCAUGCAGCACAGUCAGUACACCAACCCGACACUAAAUUACCCGAUAACCUUAUAAGUUUUGACUGAUUAGUUUUAAAAUUUCAUGUGAGUUUUUUUACUUAAAAAUAGAAAAAAAAUCAAUUUUAAAAUCAGAUUAUUUUAUGAAUACAACCUUUAAGGUUACUAUAAUACACUAAAAUAUAAAUAAUAUCUAUAUGAGAGUUAAAUCGUACUAAAAGUGAUAAUUGUUACCAAAGAUGAUUUUUAGAUAGAAUAUACAUAUAAAUAUAAAAUAUUAAAAUAAAGUUAGGUUAGUUUAAGUUGUUUAAUAUAGAUUAAAAAUUGCAAUAAAUUAAAAAGAAAAAUAAUAUUUUGAAACACAUAUCAGAUGUUUUAAAAUUUAAGACUUACUUUAUUGAAAUACAUAUUAUACAUUUCCAUAUGAAAUACAUAUUUUUUUUUACGUUUCUUGCCUCCAUUGAUUUAAAAUAAAAUAAAAACAAUUAUAAUAUAUCUUGCCAUACAAGUAUUUGUGUUUUAAUAUAUUUAAUUGAGUUAACUUGCACGAUUGAUUUUAGUUGUUUACAACUUCAAAUGUAUAUUUACCAACAAUUAAUAUUUUAAUUGCUUAGUAUAUCCUUAUUAUCUUAUGUUAUAUUGAACUAUAGUAUGGUGUUUUAUACUUUUUGUUACUCUUCUGAAGUCUGACUUUUUUUUAAAACUUUUUAUUUAAUUCAUUGGUUUAAAUUAUUAUUUUAUUUUACAUUUCAGUUUACUUUGAUUGCAGUUGGUUCUUGUGAAAAAUUAAUUAUUAUCUUUAAUCCAAUAAUAUAAUAAUAUAAUUCAGUUAUGAAUAUUUAUAACUAUUGUAUUAUAAAUUUAUUAUUUGCGCAUAAGCACCUGCUUUUUGUUCUCCCACUAGAUUACAAACAGUCUUUGUGUUUAGUGGACACUAAUCAGAACAUUUAAACAACAUAUCUCUGCAUCUUAAAAUUAUUAAGUUUGCUCUGACUAAUGUUAUUAGUUAAUUGAUUGUUUGAAAGUAUUUUAUUUUUGACUCUGGCUGUUGUUUAUAUAAUUAUAUGUAUUUAGUUAUGGAUAAUCUUAUUUACAAAACGCUUAACUUUAAUUGGAAAAAUGCACACAUAAAUAGUCCCUAAAAUAAAAUUAAAAUGGCCAAAGCCUAAGUUCCUUACACUAAAAUAUCUUGAUAAUUAUUAUUAUGAACCAAAGCUGUUCAUAAUUUAUUUUUUUAGAAAUGUAAUUUUAAAAAAAAUAACAUUUUUGUUAGUAUUUUUUUUCAAGCUUAAUUUAUGUUUGUUUGCAAAUAAAGAAUAAUUAUAUAGAAAAUAUGUUUUUGAUAUCUUAAAGCAUAUAUAUUAUUAUAAUCAUAUUUAAAAACAUCAUGAUUGAAAAUAAUGAAGAUAAAAUAGCAAUUUCAUAAAUAUUAAUUAAUAACUAUUGUGUUAUAAAAACUCAAUAAUAAUGGCAUAUACGGAGUAGGUUGUGAAAAGCCCUUAAUAUUGGAACUGUUUAUACAUUUUAUACUAAUUAUAUCAUUGAGUUUAAUAUAAACCUAUUUACUAUACAUUUAAACAGUUGAGAAAUGUUGGGGUAUUAUAUAAAACGAUUCUGAAUAAUCAUGAAUCUUAUUUAAGUGUUAUAUUUUUGUACGCUCCUGUUCUAUUCAUAUAAUAUAAUUUUUGAGUAUUUUUUCCAUGAGACUUAAGUUUAUUUAUCACCUGUUAAAAUUUCCCAUUGACAAAUGAUUCAUAUUUACUUAAAAAAUUAUCUUUACCUAAACAGUAAAUUUUAUAAAUUAUAUUGACUCAGAAAAGAUAAAAUGUUGUGUUUAAAAAAUAAUAUUAAAUCUAUAACUUAUUUUUCACUGUCGACUGCCGUAGAUCUAUAAAUAGCCAGUAUAGCGUAAGAUCUCUAAUAGCACAUAAGUUGUGAUGAAAUAAAUAAUAGUAUAAUAAAAAAAACAUUAAUAAUGUGAGUGAUACUAAAUGAGUUUCAUAGAUUAAUAAGAUGUAUUAAUAGAUUUUCUCUUAAUUUGUGUAAUUAGCACAAUGUGCUAAUAAUUUUAUUUUCCUAAUAAUAACCUGAGUUAAAUUUAUUUGUUGUAAUCAAUUAUAUUAUUAGCAAUUGUGUUUUUUUUUCCGUUAUAAAUGCAUUCAGAUUUGUUGUUGUGUUCAUUUUUAAUUUAACUGUUAUAUUGUUAUCACUUAUCAGCAUAAUAUAGCUUAUUUAUAGGAUAGUUAAUCUAUGAUUAUAUUAUUAUUUUAUUACUCGACCAGGAGUCUAAUAUUGUAAGGGAGUAAUUAUUAUUGUACUAAAUUAACUCCAUCUGAUUGUUUUUAAAGUAUUAAUUUUUUGAAGAGGACACAACAAUGUUGUCAAAAGACAUACAAUGUGUAUACUUAUGUUAUAGUUAGUGGUUUGCAUUGUUGUGCUAAAAGCUUAAGUUGCUUAGAUUUCUAAAUCUGAGUAUGUUUCAGACCAAAAGUUUUAUUUUGUUAAGUCUUUAACAUUGAGCUGAAAUAAUAAUUUUCUUGCGGACUUAAAAUAUUAUACAUUUGCAUAAAUCGAUCUCAAUUUAAAGAAUACAGUGAUGUCUUUAAACAAUAUAAUUUUAAAAUAUUGUAAUGUAUUUUAAGGAAAUGCAAAUAAAAAAGUCAAAUAUUAAUAAUCUAUUUUCAAGCAAAAAAAAAAAGUAUAUAUAUAAUAUUAUAUAGUAUAAACCUAAUAUAGUCCAUUUUAAAAUUAUUAUCUGUCUGUUGGCUUAUGAAAUGGUUAACAAAUGUAUACUUACAGUUUCCUUUUCCUACCAGCAUUUAAUUGAAAUUACUAUUAUUGUUAUUAUACAUACCUGAUGCUUUGUUCGUGCUUUAAUUUGAGAUCAGUUAGUGAUGAUAUUAUAAAUUAUAAUAGGUAUGUAAUUUUUGGCGCAACUGUUUUGUUUUGUUAAAUUGUUGUGUUUGAAAUUGGAUAUAAACUGUUGAUAAUUAUUGUUUACUGUUUAGUAAUAUGGUGAUACAAUGUACCUACCUACGUGUUAAUUUAUUAAUGUUCGGAAAUGUUAAUGUUCACCAUUUCUGAUGGCCUGAUGUAUGAUUACUAUAUUAAAUAUUAUAUAGUUGUGUACUUGCAUAUUAUGACACUUAAUUUAUUUUAUUCUUUUAGAUGUAUAAAAGCAAUAACUAAAUGCUUAAGAUUAUUUAUUUGUACAAUACUUAUGUAUAUUGUCCACACACAUGCCAAAACAAUAAAAUGUCCUACAUAAUA